AUGGACACAGCAACAACAACAACAACAACAACUUCAACAACAUCGUCAACAACUAGUAAUUAUUAUAGUGAUGAAAUUCCAUUAGAACAAUUGAAUAUUAGUGGUCAUCAUCAACAACAACAACAACUUCAACACCAACAACAACAAUUACAACAACAACAACAAUAUAUUUAUGGUAGUCCAGAAGAUAGUCCAAAUAGUAGUAGUGAUCAUUAUGGUGACCAAGGUGAUGAUUAUGAAAGUUCAAUAGAAAAGGAUCAAACCAAUGUUUUUGUUAAAUAUCUACCAAAUGAAUUUGGUGAUUCCGAACUACACAAUCUAUUUACUCAAUUUGGUAAAGUAAUGAGUGCAAAAGUAAUGGUUGAUCCAAAAGGAAAUAGUUAUGGAUAUGGAUUUGUACGAUUUUCAUCACCGAUUGAAUCAAAAUUAGCAAUUGAAACAAUGGAUGGAAAACAAUUAAUGCAUAAAAAGUUGUUGUGUCGAUUAUCUUAUUUAUAUUCAAAUCACAAUAGCAAAUACCCAUCAAAUAAUUUAUUUGUUAAACCUUUACCUGCUACAUUGACCGAUGGUCAAUUAAGAGAUUUAUUUCAAGGGUUUGGAGAGAUUGUAGAAUGUAAAGUAAUGGUUGAUAAAAAGGGGAAUAGUAAAUUAGCUGGAUUUGUCCGAUUUGACAACGAAGCCGAUGCAACUAAAGCCAUACAAGCUAUGAAUGGAGCUAAAAUGGGUGCCGACUCUACACCUCUUGUUGUAAAAUAUGCUGAUAACGAACACCAAAAAUCGCUAAGAAAACAAAGAAAAAUAUUAAAUUAUUUUCAAGUAUAUAAUUAUCCAACUGAUGUAAUGUGGUUUUCAUAUCCACAGUAUUAUACGACUGCACAAGUUGACCCUAAUACUGCUAUUAGUAUGGCUGCUGCAAGAUCAGUAGGACCUACUACUAUUAUGCAACAUCCUCAUCAACAUCCGCAUCAACAUCAACACCAAAUUCCAAUUCACCAUCCACAUCAUCACCAUCAUCAUCAUCAACAACAACAACAACAACAACAAUAUAAUUAUGCAACAGCAUAUUAUAAUAAUCCACAACAGGUCACUUUAGGUGUCUCACCAAACCAACACCACCAACACCACCACCACCACACAAACUAUUACGCAGCCACCUCUGGAAACUCACCUCCUCCUCCUCUUCCAAUCACAGCCAAUAUGAUUGGUACUGAUCAUCAUCAAAUCCAAAGUACAUUAAUCCCCGCUCCCAUCUCCAUUCCUUCCCAGUCACCAACAGGAGGAGGAGGAGGAGGACACCACCAUCACCAUAUCAACAAUAACCCUAACCUUCUUUUAACAUCAUCGCCCUCUUCACAAGUUUCCACACCUCCAACUUUGGUCAUGUCUCCCCAACAACAACAACAACAACAACAACAACAACAACAACAACAACAACAACAACAAGUUACUCCACCACAUCAACCAAAACAAAGUAAACAACGUAAACAACAUGGUCAACACCCACUUUCCCUUUCAUCAUCGGCAAUCAAUACCAAUCGACAACACUACCAUCAACAACAACAACAACAACAACAACAUGUUUACCAACAACAACAACAACAACCAACAUCCAAUGCACAAUCAUUCUCACCACCAUACUCUGUUGGACCAACACCAGUUUCAACACCAUCAACUCCAACCACAAGUUAUACAUUAUCCAGUCCUAGAAAACAACAUUCCUCAUCACCUGUCACUGUCCCACAACAACAACCAUCACAACAACCAAUAGAUAAUAAUAAUAAUAAUAAUGAUUCAUCAUCAUCAUCCAAUCAACCAUCACCAAAUAUUAAUACUACCAAUAAUAAUAGUUCCAAUAGUACUGGUACCAGUAGUAGUCACGAUACCAAUUUAUUUGUUUUCCAUUUACCAUCAUUUGUUGAUGAUGUAUACUUGUAUAAAUUAUUCUCACAAUAUGGACCAUUACAAUCGGUAAGAGUUAUCAUGGACAAGGAGACAGGUGAAAACAAAGGGUAUGGAUUUGUAAAAUUCCAAAACCGUGAUGAUGCUGUCACUUCACUCAACCAAAUGAAUGGUAUGCAAGUAGGUCAAAAAUAUCUAAAGGUUAAAUUUAAAGAUUCUACUACUCCUCCUUUAAUUGGUGGAAACAAUAAUAAUAAUCAACAAAACAAUAAUAUUGGUAGUAAUAAUAGUGGACAGGGAUUAUCCCAGACAACCGGACAUGGACAAAAACCAAAGAAUAACAAAAAAGGAAAACAACACCAUCAACAACAGCAACAAUUACAACAACAACAGCAACAACAAUUACAACAAUAA